AUGUCCCAGUACCGUGAACUGGGCGAGGACUCCAAGAAAAUGGCCAUUUCAUACGCCAGCGGGCUUCCGUCCGACCACACACAAGCCCUUCCUUCCUUUCGGGAGUUGCUUCCACCUCACCUCCACGACGAGAUCGACUCGACUUCGUAUCUGACCUCCCGUCAACAUUUGCACGAUCGUCCCGCAACUGCCAACCAUGAUAUGACAUCAAAUCCCAGGCCCAUGUCCGAGCGGUCCCCCUUCGGCACCCCAUCUAAGUUUCCAUUGGGGGAUGUGCCCCGCAACUACUCAAUAGCAGCGACGAGAGCCAACGACUUCCACCCAAGAGAUAAUGCGCCUGUGCAACCUCGUUUGCCCCAGACAACUAGCCCUACUCCUCCCUUCGCUUCUCGCGGACCGAGUCCCAUUCUCCCGCCUAUCCGGGACCUUCAAUCCCUCCCAGAACGAAGCAUGAACACAUCGGCCGCCUUCGCGGAUGCUAGGGGACUUUCUCAUGAAUUCAGAUCCGCACCCGCCGGUAGCCAUGGGUUUGCGCCAGCCACUUAUCCAGGCCCAAUGAGCGAAAGACGAAGUAUGGAAUCCUAUGUUGGAACCAGUGGGCCACCAGCGAUGCACUAUCCAUACUCGUCAGUGGCCUACCAAAGCGAUUCUGAACAUGCAUCUCCACAAGCAUUGUCGCAUGGUCCGCAGUCCAACUUUGGGAUCCUGGGUGACCCAGUCGAUCCCAAGAAUAAACGCCGACGAGGAAACCUUCCAAAGCCUGUCACUGAUAUUCUACGUGCCUGGUUCCACGAACAUUUGGAUCACCCUUAUCCCAGCGAGGAAGAUAAGCAGAUGUUCAUGACUCGUACUGGUCUCACAAUCAGUCAGAUCAGUAACUGGUUCAUUAAUGCGAGAAGGAGACAACUUCCUGCUUUAAGAAACCAAAUGCGAAAUGGUGGAAAUGAUCUCGACCCUCAGAGGCAAUCUCCAUUCAGUGAUGUGGAAAACACUUCGCCCGAAUCAAUGCCCUCCCCUCAUAUGCUUACGCCGGCAACGAGAACCUAA